AGGAUUUGUUUGGCUCAAGCCGCAUACUUGGUUGUCCACGCUUCUAUACUGAACAUGGCGAGCGAGCAGGGUGCACCACCUGAGGGACGGCGCCUGGCUGUUUCGCUUGUUGUCGGUGUGUUGCGCGUCGUCAUGAUCAGCCUUGUGCUUUUUCCUGCAUUUGCUCCAGUUUGGAUGGGCUUUGGAUGGAGUGGAUUCGGGCAGGAUAACACCACUUCAGAAAGCAUUUCCCACCUUAGCCCCAUCACAUGCAAUGGGGAAGUAGAUGCACAGUAUUUUCCACAUCCAGAUUGGGACGCUUGGGGAGACACCUAUCACUUCAGAAUGCUUGCGAGCACACUCACUUCAAUUCUAGUGGCUGUGUGUGCUGCUGUUGGUCUGAAAUACGUGCCCACCGCGUCUGCUUUUGUCAUCCAUGCCCGAUGUUGGCUUUUGCUGAAUUGGGUAUUGGCUGUAAUGUGGAACUUUGAGAGGGCUUUCCAGUGGGGUCGGCGGAUUCGACAUAUCCGAAUCCUGGCACUUGGUUGUGGAACCUUCGGCAGGUUGUUUGGGCGUCUUCUGUGACCUACCUCAGCUUCUUGCUGCGAAUGAGGGUUGUGGCUCUGCAGCGUGCACAGGGUGAGAAGGUCCACAUGAAACGGAUGUCCGUCGUCAUUGCACUUCAGUGUGUGGUCCUGCUCGGUGUCAGUGCCUGCGUUGUUGUUCGGCUCACGACGGCUGUGGCGCAGGAUUGGUUUGGCACGUUGGCCCAGACCCUUCUGUCGAUAAUCUUAGCACUCACAGUGGUCGGUCUUGCGAUGGCAGCUCAUGCUUUUAGGAGUCCGCUCCGUGUUGCCCAACACGUCGCGCAGCAGACUGUUGGACGCCGUGGGGAGGAGGCUCUACGGAGCUAUCGCAGUGUGCGGCGGCAGUUGAUGGCAACACUGUUCUGCGGAGUCACAACUGUGUUGGCACUGGGUACGGAGUUUGCGUCGCACGUGCUGUUUGUAUAUCACCGAGACGAGCACGACUACAUAUAUGAGAUCUUCAAGACAUUCUUCUAUGGAUUCGACCUGGUCGUUAAUGCGGCCGUCAUAUUGCUGCUGUCGGGGUUGGUACGCGUCCAUCAGCCCUCGCGUUUUGCUGGUAAGUGCACUACGAAUUCUGCUAAGUCCUUUACCGAUACAUUAGAACAUACACAAUGGAACAAUAAGGUAAAAGAGCUAUCGGAGCGGGGCAUUACACUAGGGGCACUCUUAGGCUUCUACGCUGGACUUGGACAGCGCUACAUGCCUCACUUCAACCCAGAUGUGCAUUCCACAGCCGACGUCGUCCGGCAGGCCAUCAUUCCACUCACGGCCAACAAUUCAGAGUUUGGGCCAUGCGCAUUGUCUACGCAGCUCAUGGGUGGGACCUCUAUCCCGGCGCAGUGCAUGGUUACACAUGCGUGGUCAAAUAAGUUUGCAGAUCUCAUUGCUGCCAUUGUCGCGGAUGCUCUUGGUCUCAGCACAUAUGAGGCGGUGUUGCCCAGAUUGAAGCCGGCCGAAUUGCCAGUGUUAAUGAAAGAGUUGCACCAGAAGGGUUUUCUGGGGAUUUCGUAUUGGGUCUGCGCUGCUUGCGUCAAUCAGCAUGCAGGAAUUUGUAGCGUGAACCCAGGGCAGCAACAGGAUCCAGUCAGCUGCAGAGUACAUCCAGUCUGCAGUUGCGGCCACCAGAAAUUCUGGAACAUCACACCACCAUUGCGCUUCGACGGGGAGGGGAUUUUGUGUGAGAUGAACAAAUGGGUCGGCGGAUUUGAUGACAUGAUGCUAUACCUCAGCGCCAAUGACCCGUCCUUCCGGCAGGUCAUAGCCGUCGACCGCGAGUUCGAGUUGUUCCAGCGGGCAUGGUGCGUAAGCGAGAUUCAUUUGGCUCACUCCUCAUACAUAAACGCAGCUGUCAAAUGCCAUACCCACAAGAGCCUCGAGCUCCACCAAAGCGCGUUGAUGAGUCUGUGCGUGCAGGACAUGGAGUCGUCCAGGCCGGAGGAUAAGGCCAUGAUCCUCGGAAGGAUCGGUAACCUGAAUGACUUCAACGAAACCCUGAGGUGGAUCGUUCUGGACGAGGACACCGGCAUCUUCGCAAAUUGCCAGGACAGCGUGCAUUCCUCACAUACACUCGGCCGGUUCGUGGGGAAAGCAAGCUCUUCGAACAGUUCCUCGUCCUCUACCGUAGCUUCUAUCCCGUCCUCAUUCUGGUCAUACACGGCUCGCACGUCUUCGCUCCGAGGUUGAUGCAAAUGCGCGAUGCAGUUCGCUUGGGUUCUUCUUGGUUGAAACAGGACGUAGAUACGUGAAGCCUCGGAUUAGUGCUAUGCCCAGCGAGGUAUGCCAUGACUGGGUAUCCGCGUGAGCCAGCAGCAACUGUGAGCUGGUCGGCCGCCAA